ACCCGCGCCGCCGCCGGAGAUGGAGCCCAGCGCCGACAAGCUACGCGGCCUUCGCAUCACCUCCCUGGACGACGAUGAAGAGGACGACGAGCCCGAACUGCCCCACCAACCCCUGCCCGCCGCCGCCGUGGACUACGACGAUGACGACGAUGACGAGGAGGAGGAGGCGGAAGUCAUGCUUGGUCUGCUGGAGGAGCCGAAACGCCCGGGCCUCCUCCUCCGGCACCUCUUCCCCAGCAAGGCCGGCGGCAUCCCGGCCUGGUUGGAUCCUGCGAACUUGCCGUCGGGCAACUCCAGCUGCUGCGGCUUCUGCGGCGAGCCCCUGCACUUCGUCCUCCAGAUCUAUGCUCCGAUUGGGGACAAUGAGGCGGCGACGUUUCACCGCACUCUGUUCAUGUUCAUGUGCCCGUCCAUGGAGUGCUUGCACCGGGACCAGCACGAACAGUGGACGCGCAAGCAGGGCAAUCCUCGUAGAAGUGUGAAGGUUUUCCGGUGCCAGCUGCCCCGUAGCAAUGCCUUUUACUCAAGUGAAGCUCCAAAACACAAUAACUCUGACAAGCCACUGUGUGCAGGAGCUCCUCUUUGUCAUUGGUGUGGUACAUGGAAAGGUGAUAAAAUAUGUGGCAGCUGCAAGAAAUCACGCUACUGUUCUGAGAAGCAUCAGGCACUGCAUUGGCGCUCUGGUCAUAAAAACGAUUGCCUACAGAUGAUCAAUUCUUCCGAAGCUUCAAGUUCUGUUCUGCCAGCUGUAGGGAAAGUUCCUGCUAGGGCUUCCUGGCCAGAAUAUAAGAUAACGAUUGACUAUGAAGCUGAUUCGGAUUCUGAUAGCUGUGAUGGAGAUGAAAGCAACUCAAAGUCGUUGGUGAUGCAAAAACAUAGUAAACCAGAUGAUUUGAUGCAAUCGUGGAUGGAUCAAUUUGAGGCUGAUGCUGACAACCAGUGUUGGGCACAUUUUGAAGAACGGAUCUCAAGAGAACCAAAGCAAAUAUUGAGAUAUUGUCGAGAACCAAAUGCAAAGCCUUUGUGGGCUUUGUCAGCUGGUCGCCCAUCCAAUGCUGAUAUCCCUUCAUGUGGCUACUGUAAAGGUCCACUAUGCUAUGAAUUUCAGAUAAUGCCACAGUUGCUGUAUUUCUUUGGUGUGAAAAAUGAACCAGACUCUCUUGAUUGGGCUACAAUUGUUGUGUACACGUGUCAAGGAUCAUGUGACCAAAACAUUAGCUACAAGGAAGAAUUUGCAUGGGUUCAGUUAUACCCUACAGCACCCUCACGGCAUUAGUAAUGUUUACGUAAUGUCUGUUCUUCACUGCUUCAGGGACAUCAUCCAUGUGCAUCUCAAGUUGAAGACUUGUGUUCCGAGCGAGAUAGCUUAGGCUUACCUACCCGAGAUUUCAUAAUGGGCCUUGAUGUUUCCAGACCUUAAUGAGCCAGCUUAACACUGUGGUCCCAAACUCUGAAUGAUUUGAUGCUCGCUGCAUUGGCUCUGGUCGGUUUUGGCCGCUAUGGCCCAUCUAGAACAUCUGAAGACAGGUCGUUGGUCACUAGCAUUAGUGUAGUAUGUGUCUUUUUUUUCUUGGUUGAGACUGUUGGCUCUUUUUAUAUGGAAUAUCCUUGUCUUUUUUGGGGGUUUAUGUUAAAGUCCGUAAGAUCCAAAGUCCUCAUUUUAUUCUUCAGGUA